AUGAUGUCUGAGUCGAACGAAGCUGCAGUCAAAAAACCCGACUACAAAGAUGUGGAAUACAAUCUACCAAGAAACGACGCUGCAGAGCAUGCCCGCCUAAAUGACCAAGCAGCUGGCUCCACCGAUCUGAUGAAAGACAAGAUUGUCCCUGCACCCCUCAAGAGUCCGACCGAGAUACAUGACGUAGGUUGGGGCACUGGCAUUGUAACGCGCCAUCUGGGCUCGAUCUACCCCUCCGCCUCUGUUUAUGGGAUCGACAUAUCGCCCGUCCCUCCCACAACUGCUUCCGACGCCAUUUCUUCAACGCCAUCGAAUGUCGAAUACAUCAUCGGUGAUAUCCGCAAACUGGCUGGAGAAGACGAACGGCUGAGAGCUGGAAACUUCGAUUGCAUUUUCCAGCGUCUGCAGAGGUUGAGUAGCGAUCUAUAUCACGAUCACCAAGAAGGUACCCCUUGCAAUGUACAAGCCCCGCGCCAGCAAGGAUUCGACACCAAUUUUGCCUCUUGCUUUAGUCUUAGGCCUUGGAAAUUAUUGAGUGUGCUGAGGACACUGAGUACGAGGGAGGUCGAGAGGCGCCUUAUGCUAUUCUGGGUUUCAAUAGCGGCGUUGGCGGAAACGGCCAGAACCCCAUCGACGCAGAUCAGACUCUCAAAAACCGACAGCGAACUCCCUGCCGUCUUUAUGACUGACCCCGGUAAACCCAGGGAUUCUUCCAACUUCCUUUACAACAGAGCGGGCUGGAGGAGCAAUUCCUGCCGGUGUAGCAUGGGUACUUAUGGUGGCUCUACCCGCAAUGUUGAUCGUGAAUUCACCUGUUAG